AGAUGGUUUAAUUUAGAAUCUAUGCUGUUGCUAUUUUUAUGAAUAAUUCAUUAUUUCAAACGUAAAAGAGAGUCAAUUCGUAAUCGUGUAAUCGUGUUUGUGAAAGAUUUGAAGUAUUUAAAGAUAAACUAUUUUUAACCAUCUUGCUUUCCCAAAUAUAUUCUUUGUGUAUGGCAUUUGUAGUGAGCAUCCCUCAGAAAAUGUUGAUAGAAACUAAGGUGAAAGUUUCUUUUUACAAAAAUAACAGGCCUAUGAAUCAUAACGUAACAUAAACCGAUAAAUUUAACACUGCUCCAUUUAAACUCUAAAGAUAAACAACCGACCAACACAGACCAGGUGCUUUGUGUGGGCAUGUGUGCCCCCUCCAACCCUCUUCAACUAAGAUCAAUAAUCCCAACUAAGGGAGACAGCGGCUGUAUUCAGUAAGAAAGGGUACGUGAAUCGAAUUAUUCUAUAGGUAAAGCGCCUGUUGCUGCUUACCACAAGUUCGCGGAACGCGCUGCAUUAAACGACACAUCAACUGUCUAUCAUAAGACUGAUUACUAAUUACAAGCUUCAGUGAUGUGCUUUGGACACACCGAGAGAUUAUGGAUAAGCUGGUCAAUUGGACUCGUGGUGUAAACACAACAACUGUAGCACCCGUCGUGGGACAAAAUUGCGUAUCAAAUUCGUCAACCUCUGUGAUCCUAGACAAAUCGUUAGUCACUGCACCGUCGUGGAGUUCGGUACAGCAAGAUUUGAAAUGGAUAUUCCUACUUCACACAUACGGCUAUGCAUGCCUCUUCUUUGUACUUGGAUUUUAUACCUUCUUCUCUAUUCUAAAUUUAAGGUCUCUCAUAUCAAGCCGGCCGUUCAUGUCCACAAUUAAUAUAUUCUUGUGUCUACUGGGAGCAUCAAGAGCUGCUUGCUUGUUCAUAGACCCGUACAACCUUAAGGAGAUAAUGCCCAAAGUGAUUGGAUCAAUUAUAUGGGACGUUGGUUAUCCCUGUAUUACAUCUGCCUUUUGUUUGAUACAAUUGGCCUUUUUGCAGCUGACAAAGUUAAAAUUUGGCCCGGAGAAAAUACAAAAGGAAUCUUGCCUCAGUCUCAUUAUAACAGCACACUUCUUCUUCAUUAUCGCCAGCGACAUCACUCUGUCAUCUCAUAAUUGCUACAUGAUAAAAUAUGUCGUUCAAGCGGCAUUUCUCGUCUGGAGUAUCUUUUUGUACCUCGCGUUUCUACACGCGGCUUACAAAGUUGAUCAUUUGCUGCGAACUAUGCCGAGUAGCAUGUUGACACGAGACAAUUCCAACGCACAUCAAAAAGGUAUUAUGCAACUUGCGAUGCUGGCACCGUACAGCAACCUGGCAACUUCAGUUGCCGCUACUUUGGUACCUACUUUACUCGGCGCUAAAAUAAGGGGUACGGAAGAAAACGAACUUGCAAAUACGAGGAAAAGUGCGGAAGAGGUACAUGUGGAAGAAGAGUCGAAAGUCACAAUUACCAAAGUCAAAGUGUGCAAGGUGGAAGAACCGAUGCAGAAGGAAAUACUUAAUGUCACGAUACCUACGUGCACCGUACAAUCAUCGUUGCAAGAACAAAAAUCAUCGUCAGCGGUACCACAAGUUUACGUUAGGCCACCGACUCCUACUCCGUCGACCACUAAUCUGCCGAUUAUAACCGUAUCCAGCCCGAGUCGUAGGAGCUCCGUUGCCAGCCGACGAGGUAGUGACACGUCCACCAAAUCUUCGCGUAGAAAUUCAGAGUGUAGCGUUAGGUUUAUAAACGAGGAAGACGCGAUGACGGAAUACAGACGCACAACGGAAGGCAGCCCUAGACAUUCGCCGAGAGUGCGAGAUGAGUUUGAGAGAAGCCGCUCGCCUGACAACAUAUCCCGACGAUACUCGGAGAACAUCACGCCAACCGGCAGUGCCAGAGAACUAAGACGGUGCUCCGAUUUCACCCACGAGAAAAACCGCGGCUCGCAGUUUGCAAUUAAGCUGAGGAGGAACAGUGAUUUCGGUAACAGAACGCCCAGAAGAAUGCUACCACCUGACGAACAAUCUAGAUUGCCCAAGGUUUUGGAUUUAAGCCCCGCGGGAUCAAGACGCAAUUCUGAUAUCGGUGCUUUUGUAACCAGACCCGACUCGCGUAGAAACUCUGAGAGCACCUGCAGACGUAAUUCCGAGUUUGUUCAUAUUAAACCGUUAAUUAUAAAUCGCCGAAGUAGCGACAUCAGCAUCAGAACUUUGGAUAGGAGUCCUACACACUUUCAGAAUAUAUUACCUGGAAAAAUAGAGGCGCCAGAUAAGUCCGAGUCAGAUUCCGAUCAACCUGAUUGUAGUGAGAAGGUAGCAUUAAUGAACGACAAGUCAAAGAACAAAGAGGAAGAGACGAAAGUACACAAGAAAAACCUGUCAUGGAACGAUAAGAACUUGGAAGAUCCCGAGGAUAUUACACCAGAGACUAAUUUGCUUCCCGAAAAUACAUCUAAUGAAACAAGAGUUAUGGGUACGGAUUUUACUCUUCACUCGAUACUGAAUCACAUUGCAUAUGUGAAUCGAGCGAAAUCCGACACGCCGUUGCAUAUACCGGAAGCGGAUACCGCGGCUGCCAGAAAAUCUCAAAUGCAAAGAGUAUUAAACGUUACACGCGCUACUGCGAUUCUAGGAAUUCUUUUGUGUGUCACGGAUGCUUUUCGCAUUUUUGGACCAUACGGACUGUUUGCUGACACUGUACGAUACGGUACAGAACCAAUGACGAUGCAAUAUCCAACACCGUGGCCGUGGUUGUGCUAUCAAACAAUAUCCAGGGGAUUUGAAUUUGUGAUGGGUUGUGCCAUGGCGAGUGUAACUAAACAGCCAUCAGUAAGUCCGCGACAUCAGUAUUUGAGCAAUUAUCCUAAUUAUUCCCCACGCGUAAAGCGGACAAAUAAUCCUUACAUAUGAAGCAAUAGUCUACUCAGCCGUUGGCGAAAUCAAGAUGCCAAAUAAAAAUUUUCUCUUUUUUUUUAUCGGAUUUUAAUACUAUUCUUUUGAACGACGACUAAUAUAUUUUCCAAUAAUUCUAAUCACUGAUUAUUUUUAAUAACAGAUUUUAUA